AUGUCCAACACAACAAUCCUCCCAGCCUGGGCCGCGGGGCUCAAGAAUCCGCCCGCGUACAAGCAGAAGCAACCAGGAAUCCCCGAUCCCCCGGGCUACGGCCAGCCGAGCUCAGGAAGCUCAAAGAAAAAAGACAAAGACGCCAAGCGUCAGCAGCCGACCGCCGACGAGAUGGACACGCUCAAGGUCAAGAAGGCAUGGGAGGUGGCGCUGGGCCCAAUCAAGGGCCUGCCCAUGACGCUGCUCAUGAUUUAUAUGACGCCCAAUUCGCUUCAGAUCUUCUCCAUCAUGAUGGUCUUUAUGACCUUCAAGAACCCCAUCAUGGGCAUCCUCGGCACGAACCAGGCCUUCCACCGCUUCGAGACCGACACCAACCGCUCCCGCAUCCUGCAGGUCAAAGUGGCCUAUGUAGCAUUCCAAUUGGUUGCAUUGGCGCUCGGGAUAUGGAAGGUUAAUGCCAUGGGGCUGUUACCGACGACGAGAUCAGACUGGCUGGCCUGGGAGGCCCAGAGAGAUGUCAUCGAGCACGCAGUGCCAGCUCUCUAG